CCUAACAAACCAUUGUCUUACUAAUUUUUUGACUGUUUAGAUCAUGAACAGAGAAAAAUGGACAAGAGAAACUGCUCAUCUGUGCCUGAGUUUCUUCUGUUGGGAAUUACCAACAAGCCUAAAAUGAAAGUUGCUUUCUUCAUAGUGUUUCUGAUUAUUUACCUCAUUAUUCUUCUGACAAAUGUAGGAAUGAUCACAUUGAUCAGAAUGGAUCCCCAGCUUCACACACCAAUGUAUUUCUUCCUCAGCCACCUCUCAUUCUCUGAUCUCUGCUACUCCACUGCAGUUGGACCCAAGAUGCUCUUAGACCUCCUUGAAGAUAAUAAUCCAAUUUCUUUUGUUGGCUGUUUUCUCCAACUCCUGAUUGUCUCAAUUUUUAUAGAUGUUGAAUGCAUGCUGCUGGCGGUGAUGGCCUUUGAUAGAUACAAGGCCAUCAGCAACCCCCUGAUGUAUGCUGUGGACAUGUCUAGUAGAGUUUGUUACCAGUUUUUAACUGCAAUCUAUGUGUUGGGAACUAUAGAUGGUUUCAUACAUACCUCAUUGGCAUUCAGCUUAUGUUUCUGCCACUCUACUCAGAUCAAUCAUUUCUUUUGUGAUUUACCUCCAGUCUUGCUUCUUUCAUGUUCUGAUACACAUGUCAAUGAACUGGUAUUAUUUAUGCUUUUUGGUUUCAUUGAACUAAGCACCAUCUCAGGAGUUCUUGUAUCCUACUGUUACAUCAUCUUAUCUGUCAUAAAGAUUAGUUCUACUGGUGGGUGGUUCAAAGCUUUCUCCACCUGUGCCUCUCAUCUGACUGCAGUUGGGAUUUUCCAAGGGACUAUGCUCUUCAUGUAUUUCAGACCAAGUUCUGCCUACUCUCUAAAUCAAGAUAAAAUGACAUCCAUCUUUUACCUCCUUGUUAUCCCUAUGAUAAACCCUCUGAUUUACAGUCUUCGCAAUAAAGAUGUAAAAGAAGCGUUGAUCAGGCUCAGAAGUAAAUGGUGGCUUUAAGAGCAUCUUAUAUGUAGAGAAAUGCAUUUGCAAUAGCUAUUUUGUAUUCCAGCACUCCCAU